AUGUCGACUGUUUUAAAAAUAUUUCAAAUCAUCCAACCUAGUAAUACAAGUGAAUUUCCCUUACGUGCUUUCUCAACCAUGUCUGAAAAUCUCUCGAAAUCCGCUUGUACUUGUCAAGCCGUUGAGCCACGUCGCGAUAAAUUAUUAAUCUAUCAGAUUCUUGUCCGAUUGUUCGGUAAUCGAAAUCUAACGAAUAUUGUGCACGGAACAAUCGAGCAGAAUGGCGUUGGCAAACUGAAUGAUGUUAAUGACAGAUGCUUAGAAGAAAUCAAGAAAUUCGGUUAUACACAUGUUUGGUACUGCGGAGUACUUGAACAUGCAACAAUGACUGAUUAUACAGCAUAUGGAAUACGUAAAGAUAAUCCUUAUGUUGUCAAAGGUUUAGCUGGUUCACCUUAUGCAGUCAAAGAUUACUAUGAUAUAGAUCCAGACCUAGCAGUUGAUAUUCCGAAUCGUAUACAAGAAUUCGAACAAUUAGUUCAGCGUACACACGGUCAUGGUUUAAAAGUAAUCAUGGAUUUUAUUCCGAAUCAUGUGGCAAGAGAAUAUGGUUCUGAUGUUCGACCUGAUGAAGAUUUCGAAUUUCAGAUGCCCAAUGUUGAACAUAUACCCCCAUGUAUCGAUAUAUCGAAAAUUCCAAAAUAUACCGAAAGACCAGCACGGGCAACUGGUAACGAUGUCUUUCACUCUCGACCACUGAUUACCGAUUGGUUCGAAACAGUUAAACUGAAUUAUGGUACGGAUUAUAGUGCCGGAAGAAAUCAUUUCGAUCCACGUCCACCACUUUGGGAUAAACUCUUUCGAAUCCUAUGCUAUUGGAUUGACAAAGGUGUUGACGGUUUUCGUUGUGAUAUGGCUGAAAUGGUAGCUGCUGAUUUCUGGCAUUGGUUAAUUACAUCGAUACGUAGAACAUAUCCUAACCGACGAAUUAUCUUCAUUGCUGAAAUUUACCGACCGGAUUUGUAUCAGCGAUACAUUGAACAUGGCCUUUUUGAUUAUUUGUACGACAAAGUUGGAUUAUACGAUUGUCUACGUUGGUUACUAGAAGAAGGAUCAGCUCUGGGAAAUUGUAAUGAUAUAACCCGUAUUCACAACGAACAAAAACAUCUCGAAACACAUAUGUUAAGAUUUCUAGAGAAUCAUGACGAAGUUCGUAUUGCUGCGAAACAAUUUGCAGGAAAUCCAUGGAAAGCAUUACCAGCUGCUGUUUGUACAGCUGUUUUACAUUCUGGUCCAGUGAUGAUUUAUUUUGGACAAGAGAUUGGCGUUGAUAGUAUCGGACCCAAAGGUUUUCAAGGAGACGAUGGACGAACGACAAUCUUCGAUUAUUGGGGCAUUCCUGAACAUCAAGCAUGGUAUAACAACGGUGCCUGCGAUGGUGGCCAAUUGGCUGUAUCUCAAAAAGCUCUUCGUUCAUUUUAUGAAAGUCUUUUCAAACUUAUUCAUGAUCACAAAUGUUUACAUUGUGUUUCGUCGAAAUUAGCUGAUUUACAAUAUGCAAACCAUUCGCAUUACGAUACGAAAAAGAUUUUCUCUUUUAUUCGAUAUCAUGAACAUGACGAACAGCUACUAUUCGUAUUAAAUUUUGAUUAUACGUGUCAGUAUGAUAUUGAAUUAGCGAUACCAGAUGAAGUUUGGACACGAAUUGGUUUAGAUAUCACGAAAAGUUAUAUUUUGCAAGAAGUAUUUAUUGAUCGAACGCUCAAAUUCGAAUUACGUGCAAAUAAAAAUCUUCGAUUCCCAUUACCAAACAAUCAAAUCUAUGUAUUUCAAAUACAAGAACAAUCCUAG